GCUCGAGGUCAUGUGACUCAUUUAUGUAAACAUGGCGUCAGGGCCAAACAAGACGCUUGCGGCUUUUUCAGCGGCUUUAAACGUUUUAGCAGUUUUAUUCGGUUUGUGUUUAAUGUGUGAGUCUGUUCGGGCCGAAAUACGAAGCGCCGUCAUUGAUAAACAAACCGGGCAGCUGUCCGUCAUCGACGGAUAUCGAGAAGAUUUUGUGGCUUGGGCGAACUUCACUGAUGACAUUAAAAAAUCAGGCUGGUCUUUCUUGGAGGUCACUACCAGCAGUCGGUACAAUGACAGCAUCCAGGCUUAUGCUGCUGGUGCAGUGGAGGCAGCACUCACAUCUCAGCUCAUCUAUAAGCACUGGAUGAACACACUCAUGGGUUACUGUGGACCCUUCACGUCUCAGACUAGUUACUGUGAGCGCCUUAAAACUUACAUCACAGCCAAUCUGCAGUGGAUUCAGGAGCAAAUAGAGAAGCAGCCAAGUUCACCCUACUGGUACCAGGUGCGUCUGGCCCUGCUGCAGCUGAAAGGACUGGAGGACAGCUACAAUGAUGAGCUGUCAUUACCACUUGGGUCACUGUCCUUCAACCCAUUUGGCUUCCUACUUUUCCAACUGGGUGGAGAUCUGGAGGACUUGGAAUCGGCUCUGAACAAAUCCAGCCAAACUCGACCUCUUGGAUCCGGCUCUUGUUCCGCUCUCAUUAAGCUGCUGCCGAACAAUAAGGAGCUGCUGGUGUCACAUGACACCUGGAACACCUACCAGGCCAUGCUGCGCAUCAUGAAGAAAUACACCUUUGCCUUUAAAGUUUCUCCUUUAGACAAUUAUCUUCUUCCUGGAGGAACUCAGGCGUUCUCAUCUUAUCCUGGAUCGAUCUUCUCUGGAGAUGACUUCUAUAUCCUGAGUAGCGGCUUGGUGACCUUGGAAACCACCAUUGGCAACAGCAAUCCUGCACUCUGGAAAUUUGUCCAGCCCACAGGAACCGUGUUUGAAUGGCUGAGGAACAUUGUGGCCAAUCGACUUGCUGUUACUGGCAAGGACUGGGCCAAGAUAUUCAGCGAGUACAACAGUGGAACGUAUAACAACCAGUGGAUGAUUGUGGACUAUAACUAUUUCACUCCGGGGAAGACUGACAUUAAAGAAGGGCUCUUCGUUGUGCUGGAGCAGAUUCCGGGACUCAUUGUUUACAAUGAUAAAACUCAGGAGCUGCUGGACAAAGGAUACUGGGCAAGUUACAAUAUACCGUACUAUGUGGACAUAUUCAAUGCCAGCGGGUGCAAUGAGCUGGUUGAGAAGUUUGGCCCAUGGUUUUCUCUGGACCAGAAUCCUCGGGCUCAGAUAUUCAAGAGAAACCAGACGGCUGUCACAGAUGUGGACUCAAUGGUUCGCCUCAUGAGGUAUAAUAACUUUAAAGAGGACCCACUGUCAAAGUGUGAGGGCUGUGAUCCACCCGGGAAUGGAGAGAACGCCAUCUCAGCCCGUUCAGACUUGAACCCAGCUAACGGAACAUAUCCGUUUGGCGCCUUAAGGCAGAGACCACAUGGAGGAACAGACAUGAAGUUGACCUCUUACGGGAUGUUUCGUGACUAUGGCAUGGUGGCGGUGAGUGGGCCAACUUGGGACCAGGUGCCACCCUUCAAGUGGAGCACUUCCCCUUACAAAGACCUGAUGCACAUGGGUCACCCUGACACUUGGACAUUCAAGCCUAUAAAAGUCACCUGGACUCCAUAAUUGUUAUCAGUCUGUCUGUACAAGUGGUAUGAUAGAUAUAAACACUGACAGUUUUGAAAAAGGGAAAUGGUACUUUCAUUCUGUGUGACAUGACCUUUGUGAACACAGUAGUCAUGUUACUCAUUCUCAGUAGAGUGGCAAUAACAUUCUGGAAAUCUUACAGUGUUGCACCAUAAUUAACCGCAUGAAAUUAAAGAGAGCUUUGAAUGUUAGACACUGUGAUCAACAAUAACAACUUCACUACCCUACUGUUGUAAAGUGGGAGCUUCUUCAUUAGAUUAUAUCGGAUUUUCACAUUUUGUUUUCAGGAUUUUUAUUUCUUAUGCUAAAUGUGUGAUGAUGUCAAAUUCGCUUGUUUUAAUUCUGAGGGUUUCUACAGGAUUACAUCUUUCUUAGGAGAAAUCACCAAGUAUGAUUGAUACAGAUGUAAAUUUUCUGUCACUGUGGAGACAAAUGAGUUGGAUCAUUUUUGGGAAAUUACAUGAUGCAUUUUAUGAAUAAUUUUUUUAAAAUAUUUUCUAAAUA